GUACGAAUUGUGGUCUUGGCGUAUACGACAACUCUUAUAUUUCAGCGCAAAGUCCGUAUCAUUUAGAUCUUGUCUAUACGAAUCGUAUUCAACAGUUUCUCUUUUUUCAUUUAUAUUGAGACGGCUUUUUAGAAUUCUUAGUAUAAUGGCAGACGAAAAGAUCGCUGUGGUCGCUAGUGAGGGUGCCCAUGUGGAUCGCCUUUAUCCUGCUGUUGAUGCGGGCACCGGCGAAACUGCCAAACAGGAAGGAGCCCAAGCCAAGACAGUCCAUAACGCCGAGUUGUUCGCAGCUAUUUCAGAGACAAAGAUUAAGAAAUGGAGCAAGGCUACACUUCACCUAUACUUUUCUGUCUUCGUCGCAUUCUGUUGUGCUUGUGCCAACGGUUAUGAUGGUUCUCUAAUGACUGGAAUCAUUGCUAUGGACCAUUUCAAAUCAACGUUCGAUACUGAGUCCACAGGCACUAAGAUCGCCGUCAUGUACUCACUCUACACAGUUGGAUCGAUGGUCGCUGCUCCGGUUGCAGCAGUCCUGUCCGACAAAUUCGGACGGCGAAUCGCCAUGUUCUGCGGUGCAGUCGUGAUCAUCGUCGGUGCAGUUAUUGUAGCGACUUCCAACACCGUUGCCCAAUUCGUAGUGGGCAGGUUUAUUCUCGGUAUGGGUAUCCAGGUCAUGACGGUGGCCGCACCCGCAUAUGCCGUUGAGAUCUCGCCACCUCAUUGGCGUGGGCGAUGCACUGGUUUCUAUAACUGCGGUUGGUUCGGCGGCUCAAUCCCGGCGGCUGCCAUCACAUUCGGGUGUAACUCGAUCAACAAUAACUACCAGUGGAGAAUUCCACUUUUAUUGCAAUGCUUCGCAUCUGUCGUCGUGAUGGGUUCCGUUUUCUUCAUACCCGAGUCACCUCGAUGGCAGAUGGCGAACGGAAAAGAGGACGCCGCACUGGAUUUCCUGGUCAAAUACCACGGCAACAACAAUCCCAACUCGCGCCUGGUGCUCCUAGAGCUGGAGGAGAUGAGAGACGGUAUCCGACAGGAUGGAAUUGACAAGAGUUACGCCGACUAUCGGCCCUUAUUGUUCACUCACAGCGGACGCUGGCGAAUGGCACAAGUCCUCAUGAUUUCCAUCUUUGGCCAGUUCUCCGGUAACGGUCUGGGAUAUUUCAACACGGUCAUCUUCCAGCAGCUCGGUAUUGAGAGUUCCUCUCAACAGCUCGCCUACAAUUUGCUCAAUUCUAUCCUUUCUGCGAUCGGUGCUCUUGCGGCUGUGGCCUUGACUGAUACAAUGCCGCGUCGUAAAGUCUUGGUUAUUGGAACCUUUGUUUGUGCCUGCGCUCUUGCAACGAAUUCUGGACUUUCGGCUGCUCUCGACUCGCAGGGCGAAAAUGUUACUACCUCAUACGCCCAGGGUGCACUGGCCGCUUACUUUUUGUUCAACAUCAUCUUCUCGUUCACGUACACUCCUCUUCAGGCUGUCGUGGUGACGGAAGCGCUCGAAACCACUAUCCGAGCCAAGGGUCUCGCCGCCUCUGGCGUCAUCGUCAGCGCCAUGGGCUUCAUCAACCAGUUCGCAGGGCCUAUCGCGCUGCACAACAUCGGCUACCGGUACAUAUAUGUUUUCGUGGGCUGGGAUGUGAUCGAGUCGAUCGCAUGGUAUUUCUUUUGUGUCGAGGCGCAGGGCCGUACCCUCGAGCAACUGGAAUGGGUUUAUAGUCAGCCCAAUCCUGUCAAGGCAUCCCUAAAGGUCGACAAGGUCAUCGUACAGGCCGAUGGUAAAGUCACGGAGAAGGUGGCCGAUGGAUCGGAUGGCGAAGCCACAGCAUCGCAUGUAUAGAUGCAACGAUGGCCCACGUCAUCAGACUUGUAUGAGGCAAGACGACCAGACGUUAAUAAACAACGGUUUACGAUUAUUAUUAUUGCAGCAGUGUAAUAAGGUAGCUUUACGCAUCUACUCGCGGUUGAUUUAGUACGCUUGGUCCUACCUACCUCGUUAGUUAAUAGGUAAUUGCGUUAGUAACAUAUG